AUGAUUUUAUUUCUUCUAAAGUUGUCAAUAUGUGCUUUCUCUCCUUUUCUCGUCGCUGAAACGAUCCCGAAACCAGCGAUUCGUGUGCGGAUGAAUCACGGGAUUUUCGAGCAAGCCUCCAAUAUUGUUGCCGGCUUGGUCGAGUACGAGACGCCGCGAAUCCGAAUCCCCAGCACUCAGCAAUGUUUCGCCGAGGGUUGUGUGCAGAUUCACUCAUUUCGGGUAACCUCUUUCCGGCAACCGUCGCUCGUCUCACUUGCUCCCUAUCCACCAAAUCAAAUGCUCCUCCGGGUGCAGGAUCUCGAUUUCUUUGUCACCGGUUCGCUGGGCGGUUCAAUCAAUGUCAUUUUAACUUUUCCAGUUAGUGGCACCGUUUACACAUCGGGCCGCUCCAUCUCGAUCUCAGCCUAUUUGGACCUGCAGAAAUCGGUCGACGAUCGGCCGUAUCUCAGAUUUUUAUCGUGCCAGAUUGAUGGUGGCACGAUUGAUACAAGAGUCGCCAAUAUGGGCCUCUUCACCGAUACGAUCAACACGAAAUAUCGGGGUCAAAUGACUAGCCAAACCCGGCAACUACUCCAAGAAGCUAUUUGCGCAAACAUUCACCGCUUGACCCAACAACAUUUCUCGGAUCGAAUGGAAAAAUUUCCGACAAGUGUCUCAGCGAAAACCCUUGUCGAAAUGAUGCUCAAGCCAAGUUCGAAGAGUGGAGAAGCACGCUUCAAACGAUCAAUGCCCGAAAUGACGAAACAACGAAACACUCCAAAUGACGAUUCGGGAAAGUCGGCUGGCAUGCAAGAUGACGAGCGGAAACAACGCGAUGCCGACCAGGAGGAAGAGCAAGCUCGCGCCGUCCGUCUCAGCAGCGACGAGGUUUCCCGCUUCUUCAACUAUAAUCGCUUAAAGCACCUUUUUGUCGACGCAAAUUUAUUGGACGCGGCGGCAAGUUACGAUGAUUAUUCAGUGGGCAUGAGCGGAAAUGUCUUCUCGACGAAAGAUCAGUCCCCGAACCCUUUCUUGCCGCCAUUCCCUUACCGUUUACCCAGAUCCUCGAGGGAACGAAUGCUCGAGAUCGGAAUCGCUCAAUACACACUGAAUUCAAUGUUAUGGCAUGCACAUCGCACGAACUCGUUGCUGUUUCAUGUGGACUCAAAAACACCGAAAAUAGGAGCGCUACUGAAAACGACUUGUACUCUGGAUGAGGUUUGUCUAUCCGAUCAAAUCGAGGAGGUUGGUCAGAAAUUCCCGGAUCGACAACUCGAAUUGAUCAUUCGUACCACUCAGCCGCCGAAUAUUACCAUUUCUAAAGAAAAAGCGAUAAUGACAAUGGAGGGACGGACACUGUUUUUUCUAGAAGGCACUCGGGAAAAGGUUGGUGUGCUUCCAUUUGCCGCUAAAAUUCUCGUCAAAAUUAACAGCCACGGCUCAACAGUGAAAGGUAGCCUUAAAAUCGAGGAUUUUCGAUUCUUGAAAGGCGUUGACUUUUUCGGAUUAAAAGUCGAGGAUUUGGAAGGGUUUAAGAAUUCGAUAAAAGGAACAAUGGAGAACAUGGUGAACAAAGCUCUAGAUGCUGGGAUAUCGCUAAGCACUGAGGAUUUGAACCUCCCUCUUCGCCUCUCGUCGCCAAUCAUUUCACUAGAAGAUGGGAUUCUAAUGCUUCAAGCAAAUCUCGAUUUAUACAGCACUCUCUAUCAAGACACCCCUUUUCAAUCAUUUUUCUUCAAGUAUCGUCAC